GACCGUAAAGGAAAGGAAGAGGAGGGCGCAGACUGCACAAACCACCGGUGAAGUAGAGGAGAACAGCGAUAACAACGAUGGAGGAAACUUCAGCCAAACUCUUCAGCUUAUGGAUUUACUGUGUAAUUAUUUUCCUAUCUGAUGUUGGACUAGGUUCUAACGUCUGUACUUCUCGAGGAGCCAGUACAUGUCAGCAGUGCCUGGCUGUGCAUCCAACCUGUGCCUGGUGCUUUCAAGAGGAUUUUGGACAAGAUGUUCCUGGCUCUUCCCGAUGUGACCUGAAAAGGAACCUUGUAGAAGCAGGAUGCAACAAGGGAGCUCUGGAGUAUCCAACCAGCAAAAUGCACGUAAAAGAGAAUGAAGAUCUCAGUGACAAGGCCUCAGGAUCCACCACUGACGUCACCCAGAUCCAACCUCAAAGCAUACACAUCUCUCUGAGACCCGAUGAUUCGCAGGUUUUCAAGCUGAAAGUCCGACAGGUAGAGGACUACCCUGUGGAUUUGUACUAUCUGAUGGACCUGUCCUACUCCAUGAAUGACGACUUGUCUCAGUUGAGACGGCUGGGGCGAGGCCUGGCUGAAGAGAUGAGCAAAACCACUAGUAAUCUGCGCAUGGGCUUUGGGGCUUUUGUGGAUAAACCUGUGUCCCCGUACAUGUACAUCUCCCCUGAGGAAGCCGUGUUAAAUCCCUGCUACUCAAUCCCGUACAAAUGCCAGCCUCAGUUUGGCUACAGACACGUUCUGUCUCUGACGGAGGAGGUGAACCGCUUUACAGAAGAAGUGAAGAAACAGAAGGUGUCCCGAAACAGGGACGCGCCAGAGGGAGGCUUUGACGCCAUCAUACAAGCAGCCGUGUGCAAGGACAAAAUUGGUUGGAGGCCAGGUGCAUCCCACUUGCUGGUUUUCACUACAGAUGCCAAAACACAUGUGGCACUGGAUGGGCGUAUGGCAGGAAUUGUGCGACCCAAUGAUGGCCAAUGCUAUGUGGGCAGGGACAACAUCUACAAUAUGUCCACAACUAUGGACUACCCAUCCCUGGCACUAAUCACAGAGAAAAUGUCUGAGAACAAUAUAAAUCUGAUCUUUGCUGUAACUAGCCAUGUGGAAUCACUCUAUAAGAACUACAGUGAGUUGAUCCCUGGCACUGCAGUGGGUACGCUGUCCGAGGACUCUCAUAACGUCAUCCAGCUGAUCCAGGAUGCGUAUGCUAAACUGCGCUCUAAGGUAGAGCUGGAGCUCUUGAACGUCCCGGAAGAGCUCAGUCUAACAUUUAAUGCCACAUGUCUCAACGGAGAGGUCAUUCCUGGGCUGAGAUCCUGCUCAGGCCUCAAAAGAGGAGAUACCGUGUCCUUCAGUGUUGAAGCCCGAGCCAGAGGCUGUCCGAAGGAGAAGCGCAAAACCUUCACUAUAAAACCAGUGGGCUUCAAAGACACCUUGCAGAUCACAGUCAACUUUGAAUGUGAGUGUAAAUGCCAAGCAAAGGCUGAGCUUGAGAGUCCCGUCUGCCACCACGGCAAUGGCACCUAUGAGUGUGGCAUCUGCCUGUGUCACCCGGGGCGGCUGGGUCCCCGCUGCGAAUGUGCAGAGGGCGACUACAGCCCAACAGAACAGGACGCCUGCAGUGGGCCAGACAAGGUGAUCUGCAGCGGCCGGGGAGACUGUGUGUGCGGACAGUGCGUCUGUCACAAUAAUGACUUCGGCAAAGUAUGGGGGAAGAGAUGCGAGUGUGAUGAUUUCAGCUGCCUGCGCUAUAAAGGAGAGCUCUGCUCAGGUCAUGGCACUUGUUACUGUGGGUUUUGUCAGUGUGAUCCGGACUGGAAAGGGGAAAACUGCAACUGUUCCACUCGAACAGACACCUGUAUGUCCAGCUUGGGUCUGCUGUGCAGCGGUCGGGGUCAGUGUGUGUGUGGCAGCUGUGAAUGUACUCAACCAGGUGCUUAUGGAUCUACCUGCGACAAAUGUCCCACCUGCCCUGACGCCUGCACACUGAAGAAGGAGUGUGUAGAGUGUAAGCACUUCAAGAGAGGGAAACUCUUCGAUGAUGAUUCCUGCACUCGCAUCUGCAGAGAUGAAAUCAGACUAGUGGAUGAUCUUGUGUUCCAUGAUAAGAAUGCAGUGAAUUGCACCUAUAAGGAUGAGGACGACUGUGUGCAAAGGUUUCAGUACUACGAGGACAACAGUGGCAAAUCCAUCUUGUCUCUGGUCAAAGAGCCAGAUUGCCCUAAAGGCCCCGAUAUCUUGGUGGUGCUGCUGUCAGUAGCUGGUGCCAUCUUAUUCUUGGGUCUUGCCGCCUUGCUUAUCUGGAAACUAUUAAUAACCAUUCAUGAUCGGCGUGAAUUUGCGAAGUUUGAGGAGGAGCGGGCACGAGCUAAGUGGGAAACGGGUCACAAUCCCCUUUAUAAAGGCGCCACGUCGACAUUCACAAACAUCACAUAUCGAGGCAAAGACUGACCGCAGAGAAAGGACUGGACAGCGCUAAAAAGACAGUGUUCUUUUUAAAAGUUUAAACGUUAAAACUUUCUUAAAGAAUUAUGCAAACAUGAAAGAGUUGUAGAUAUUUUGUUGCUGUACAUAUGUAAAGUCAAAUAUGGCAUCUUCAUGUGGCAAGCCGUUUUAACAUUUAAUCUAUAAACUGUUCUAAUAUUUAUUUUCAUGCAAUACCCAGUUUUUGAUAUUAGUAUUUUUUAUCUUAUUCAUUAUGUAUUAUAUUCUAGUUCUUAUUUAUUAGAUACUACUACUUAUUAAAUGGACACUAUUAAUAGCUAUUAAAAA